AUGAACUAGUUCAUCUCAAGUCCAAAUCAUUUAUCAAAUAAUGUUUUAGAUUAAUCAAAAAAGACUUUCAAUCAAAAAUUACUCAAAGAAAAAAUUAAUGAAUUACAAAAAGUCAUUCAAAGUGCAGAAAAAGAAUAGAAUACAGAUAUUCAAUAUAGAAACUAAACAGAUACAUUCUGCUAAGAAAAAUAAACUUUCAAUACUUUUGACAAAUUAUCUGAAUAAAAAGAUUCAUAAAUAUAAAACUUAAUCCUAGAGAAUCAAAAACUUGUUAAAACUAUUUAAAAAUUAGAAACUAAAGUCGAUAAGGCUAUUGAAUUAUAAAAUGAAAACCAAAUUCUUAAAAAGAAUCUCUAAGACCUUAAAUAAGAAAAUGAACAAUUAAAAUAAAGAAAAACGUUAAAAAACGAUAUUUAAUUGUCAUCUGAUUCAGCUUUAGGAUUUUUAGCAGCCAAAAGAAAUUCAGAAAUUUAAAUAUUAACUAAUGAAGUUAGAGAAAUCAAAUAAAAGAAUUAAGACUUAUAAGCAAAAAUAGAUUAACUAGUUUCCGAGAAUUCAGAUUUAUAGUCUGUAAUUAGAAAUUCAGAUAACUAAUUCUUAAGAUUUGGUUCAUAGGCUAAUUCAAUUAAAAAAUAUAUUUAUGAUGAAUAAUUAUCUGAUAAAAAAUCAACUCCAUAAAAAGAUCAAUUAUUGUAACUUUAGUCAGAGUUAGAGGAUGCAAAAAAAAUAAUAGAUCAACUACAAAGCCUGAAUAAUAAUAGUAAAAUUACCUAAUAAUCUCUUAAUUAUAAGUUUAGUAAUUCAAAUGAUAAGAUUUCAAAAAGCUAAUCUAUAGAAGCGUCUGAUUAUGAAAAAGAUAAAAAGAUAAAGUUAUUGGAAGAUUAGAUAAAAAAGUUAGAAAUUGAAAAAGAUAAUUAAAUUUAAAAUGCUAAAUUAGAAUGCGCAUAGGAUAUGAAAUCCUUUUAGGAUAAAUUGAAAUUAGAAUAUGUGUUAAAAUAACAAUAAUUUUAAUAGGAGGAUGAUAAACCUACAUCAGAGAAAAUAAGAAAAUUAAAUGCUGAGAAUAAUAAAUUGUAAAUUAUGCUAGAAAGAUAGAAUAAAGAAAUUAUGAAUAUGGAAAAAAAAUUGGCAGGUAUGUAUAUUAAAUUUAUGAUUUUUAGAAUAUUUGAUAUAAUAAGAGGAACUAAAAAAAAAUGUAUUAAAAGAGUAACAAUUUUAAAAUUAUUUGAAAGACGAGAAGUAAAUGAUAGAAAAUCAAUUAAAAGAGAAAGAUAAAGAAAUUUACGAGCAUAAGGAUGAUAUAAUAAAGUUAUCAAAAGAAAGACAUUAAUUAAGAGAUUAAAUAGAGUAACUAAAAUAUUAAGUCUAAAUGAAUUAAUAUAAAAGUAAUAAUCUGCCUCAAAGUUAUCAAAGUGAAAGGAUUAAGAGAUACAGAUGA